CCACACACCAUUCCCAUCACUCACAAUCACACAACAAGCUAAAGUUUAAACAAUUGAAAAUAAAUACAUAAUACAUAAAUGCUCAACAUGCCCAAACGGGAGCGUACAAAUGAUGCAGACUCGGACGCCGACUGGAAGGGGCCAGCAGCAAAACGCAUCUGUCUGUGUGUCCAGUUGGAGCGUCUGGGCGGUCGUCAACUGACCGACUUUCCGCUUGAGAUAAUGGAGUCCAUAUUCGGCUACGCUCGCUGCGCUAAUAACCUAAUGCUGGUCAACAAUAGACUGAAGUGCCAGUACAUUGCCUACAUGUUGCACCGGCAGCGCAGUUUUAAGCAUUCAAAUAGAAACCAGCCCCUCAUUACGGCCGUAAUGAAGGUGCUGCACCAUGCCACAAAUUACGCUGUCCAGGGGGGCUAUGAGGCCCACUACAUAUACAAUUUGCAGGCACUGCUGGAUCGGACUUGUGCCUCCACUUCCAUCCAGACGAUGAACACACACCUGCGCAAAUUUAUUUGCCACUUCUACGCAAGUCUGGAGAUGCCCUUGGGCAGCGUUCUGAAAUUCAUUCGCCCAGCAGUGGACUCUGCUGCAGCAGUGCAGCAUCGACGGAUUCUUUUAACCAUGUCGCUACUCAAUAUGCUCAAACAAUUUCGUUUCUUUAGAAUACUCAGCUCGGAGAUGAAGCUCAUGCAGUGGCAGCUGAAGGUGGAAGUCAAGGGCAUUUUUCUUGUCAUACUCGAGCAAUUUAAAUGGAAUGCUAGCAAGGAAAAUCUCAGCAAGAAUAUACAAAUAAUUGCACUCAUAGCGGAACUUCUGCUUCAUGAUAUGUUGGAGAAGAAGUUUGCAUGCAUCAAAAAUAUCGGCAAAUUUACAUUGAAAUACGGCAUGAACAACAAUAUGGGAACACGCUUGAUACUCAGAUUCAGUGUCGUGGCCUCGACGCCCAUUAUUCGUCUGCUGCAGCAGGCCAUCGCGGGCGAGAUCGAUCUGGCUGUUCCCAUCGAAAUGACAUCGGACAUGACGUUCUGUGCGCGCCUUGAGUUGACCAAGAAGCUGCACAAGGCCUGGGCCAACAGCAACUUUGUUUUGCACUUGGCCAAGAGCCACUAGUCGAUGAUACAGUGCCAUGCCCAUGCCCAUGCCCAUACCCAUACCCACAAACACAUUACACAUUCUCUUUGCCCAAAUUUUAAUGUUAGUUUAAUGAAAAAUGUUCGACUUAAUUGAAAUGAAUACAAAAGAAAACAUUAGAAA